ACAGGAAGACGAAAAUGUUAUGCAGCGUUAGUCAUCUAUUCUCGUGCCGACUUUGCGAUUUUUCUGGUGCUUUAUUAAUAAUGCAUGAAGGAUUUAUUUCCCAAUAAGGACAGGGAGCCAAUUAGAGACAGGCUGAAAACUGGUAAGACACCCGUAGAGUUGAGAGGAGUCGGGUGCGGCAGCCGCUAAUGAUAGCUAGCUCGAUAUGGCAAGUUCCUGUAUUAUUUGAAUGUGUUAACAGGAUGAAAUGCCCUCACGACCAUGGCUUAAAAACAUCUCCUUGACGUUAGAUUUAGCAAUGUUAGCCAUCAGAUCGUCAGAGGAGGAGUCCACUGAGAUUGAGGAGAUGGACACCUCAGAGCCCAACUGGUGCUGGUUCUACUUGGCUGAGUGUGGAGUGUGGCAUAUGUUUGAGAUUGAUCCCAGUGCAGCCUGCUCUGUGACCAGUGCUCAGAUUGAGCAGUGCUACAACAGAAACCAACGCGGCAUUAUGGAAUUCUACACGGCAAAGUAUACGUACAGACUGGACUUUUCAGUUAUGCGACAGAUCAAUGUCACAACUGGGAAGCAGCGGCCAAUCAAACGCUCCCUCCACUCUGCGACUGGCUUCAGGUUUAUUUGUGAUAAUCUUGCCUUGCCUGUUCCUUGUCAUUGGGAGAGAAUCAAUACAGAUGAGCCCUAUCAGCUCAUCCAGCUUGGUAGAGACACAUAUGAGUUUAAAGAAGUAGCCAGACUGUAUGAAAGGACAAUGGACCAUCCAAUCAAAUCCAUCCAGAGGAUUCAGAACCUGGACUUAUGGGAGUUCUUCUGCAGGAAGAAAACACAGUUGCGAAAAGUCAAGCGCACAUUGGAUAUUGAGGAACGAAUGCUGUUUCAUGGCACAGGACACAGCAACAUACAAGCUAUAUGUACUUUUAACUUUGACUGGCGGCUGACAGGAAGCCAUGGUGAUGUCUAUGGCAAAGGGAGCUACUUUGCCCGGGAUGCCAAAUACUCCAGUAAGUUCUGUCACACCACAGGGAAGCACAACACAACCCUGCAAAGACAUGGACUUGCCCCACCAAUAUUUGCUAGUGAGCCGCCGUAUAAAACCAUGUUCCUGGCCAGAGUGCUUGUUGGAGAAUACACAGUGGGUCAUCCUAUGUACUGCAGACCACCCUCCAAGGAUGCCAGCUUCACCAACUUUUACGACAGCUGUGUGGACGAUAUGGCCAACCCAAAGAUUUAUGUAAUUUUUGACAGCAAUCAGAUUUACCCAGAGUAUCUGAUUGAGUUCUACUGACGCCUAACAAGAAGAUAUGUGCUUUUAUAUAGAGGCUGGAUCUCAAACAUGGAAAUAUUUCGGAUACAGAAUCAGAUGACAGGAUGAAAUUGAAAAGACAUAACUGGAGCAUUGGUCAUCUAAAGUGCCUUUGGGGAUAUUGGAUAAUCGAGAAGACAAUAAAGACUUUGUGCAGUUUGUAUACUGUACAGUCUAUUCUAAGACAGGACCUUGUGGCUGGAAUGUUUCUGUGACGUAAAAAGUGUGAAAACACUGACCGAAGAUGAAUCUGUGUGGCAAUUUUGUAUUAAAUGCAGAAUCUGUGCUUGCUUGUUCAAUAUCUGUUGUUUAAACUAAGAGCGGCACUCGCAGCCUGUAGGUUAUAGGUGAUGUCCUGCCAUCAGCCACAGCCCUUCCAUUACAUCCACAGUGCCACGCAUGAGCUUAUUUACAAGUCAUGUAGACGGAAUUCCAAAUGACAAAAAUCAAAAACACACAACAUGUUCCCGCUCACUCAUUUAGCACCGUGGUCUUUUAGUGACAUCAACAUCUGUGUGUACCUAGUACAAUGUAUUAUGUAGGCAUGGAUUUUUGUUUUUUGUUUUUAUUCAUAAAAACACUUCUACCUCUGAUUUUUUUUAAACCAUGCAUCAGUGCACUUUUCCCCCUUUCCAUGAAAGGUUUUGUGAUUGUGUCACAAUGACAUAAACUUAAGUUUUAGCAUUACAUGUGGAUUCAUAUCAUCUGAGUGUGACGUCACCACCACCUGCUAACAUCUUUCUAUAAGGAAUAAGCAGGAAAUGUUUGCACCUUGUGUAAAUGUAUAAAAAAAGAAUUAAUGUAGCCAGCACAUGUAUAGUACUGUAAUGAAAAUAACCACACAAUGUAAUAUUGCUUUGCUGUGUGCAGUUGUUGAGUUCAUUGUAUGAUUGUGUUUGUGUGUUUUUGCGCAAUCGAGUCUCUAUAAGUUUACCACAAGGUAUUGUAACAGUACAAGAAUGGAUCUUGAGAAACUCUUGCAUUUCCUUAUUGUAAAUGCGGACAAGUGAAGAAAACAACCCAAUGUCUUCAGUCAUGACACUACAGCUGUGUGUGUGUUUGAGUGAGCAGGGGUGUGUGAAGCUAUAUGUAUGUCUGUAAUUUGCACAUGUUUGAACUAAUAAACUUUUAAACAUAAGCAUCAUAA